AUGUCACUACUUGGCACAUCUCGCAUUCGUACAACGGCUUACCACCCUGCUGCCAACGGCAUGGUAGAGACAACUGAAAGCUGCACUCCGAGCUUCCGACAAUCCCCAACGCUGGACGGAACAUCUGCCACUAUACUAGUCCUGCUCGGCAUUCGCUCCUCCCUGAAGGCUGACCUCAACUGCUCAGUUGCAGAAAUGGUCUACGGUUGCCACCUCCGCCUGCCAAGUGAUUUCCUCACUGACGAGCCUGAGCCAUUUCCGGAUCCGACGUCCUAUGUCAGCCGCCUCAAACAAGCCAUGUCCGAGCUCCGCCCUACACAACCCCGCAAGCCACCCACCCAGCAUCCGUUCAUCCCAGCUGACCUCUCGACAUGCUCUCAUGUCUACAUUCGCACAGAUGCAACACGAACGCCCCUCCAACGUCCUUACACUGGUCCACACCGAGUCCUGGAACGUCAUGAUAAGUACUUCCGCCUCGACCUCAACGGCCGCUCCGACACAGUAUCCAUCGACCGACUCAAACCAGCAUUCCAUGACAACCAGUCUGUCGACCAUUGCCAUCCAACCAAGCCGACGCCAUCGCUCGCAUUCGACGAGCCUCCGCCGCGCCAAACACGAGCUGGUCGUCAAGUCAGAUUUCCCGCCUAUUUCUGA